AAUUCUACUACGAUCCAGUCAGUUAAAGCACUUGUUGCGGCGACAAAAUCGGGCGCGCACUUUUGCUGUCACAUUUGAGGAGAAUUUCGUUUUCCGAUACGUACAUGGAGAAGUGUUAUUAGCUCCUGCGUGUGACAUUAGUGUCUGGACCAUCUUUAGUGAUAUUUCCGACGAUAUCUACGAAAAUGGUGAUCAGUGUAUCAAUUUUCAUUUUUCUUUUCUUCGGUACCAUUUCAACCGAAAGAAAAUUCAGAAAUGCCGCAAUUGCCACAAGCGUAAAAACUGGAGUGAAUUUUGAUUGUCCAGAAGAAUUUGGUUACUAUCCACAUCCUAGUGACUGCACGCAGUACUAUGUUUGCGUAUUUGGUGGAGCUCUUUUGGAAUCAUGUACAGGAGGCCUUAUGUACAGUCAUGAACUGCAAACUUGCGACUGGCCAAGAAACGUUGGUUGCGAUGGUGUGGACGCAUCAGUAUCAGUAUCGGGAUCACCACCGACUUACACAUCAUACAAUCCAACAGGAAGGAGUAAAGAAAGGGUGAGGGAAAGAGUACGAGAAGAUUCUCGGACGAGAUAUUCUCCACCACCCCCUCCUCCCCCACCAGUCCAACCCGCUGCAGUAGUGACAUCUAGGGGACAACCAAGAAAUCUACAACAGACACAACAAGAAAUUAUAAAGAGAAAGCAACAACAACAACUGUACGCCGAGGCUGAUGAAACAAUUCCUCCAGCAGAAGAAAUUGAAAACGAUCGCCAACAGCGAGUUUAUCGUGGACAACCUUCGACCAUUGGUCAAGUACAAAGAGACAGAGAUGGUCUCCGACAUUCUAAUGCCAUAUCAACGUAUAGUGGAAGAGGUGAUAAAAUUGGUGUCAUUUCAUUUGGCACACAGAAUCAACAUUACAGUGAAGAAAAGAACGUUUCUCCACAACAAGCCUCAGUAUCAUCUGUCACUGCCCCUUCAAGAAACAUUUACAACGGUUCGCAAUACAAUGACAACCGUUAUGAGCCGUAUUAUGCUCUUUACGAAGAUGAUGUUGAAAUUUACAGAGAUGAAUAUCCUGCUAACGAAAAUACCUACAGUAAUGAACAUUCUCCAUCAACAGCUUACAGAGGAACUUCUCCAGUAGCAACUGUAACUUCAUCGUCUAUUCGCAAUGAAAUACCUAGACGAGGAAAUACAGCUUACAUCGAAAAUAACAUCAAUCCUCAAGAUAUUUACCAACAAUCCACAGUAUCAGAUUAUACUAGUAGCAAUAACAACAAAUAUGAUACUCAGGAUGAUCAAAACGCCUUCAAACAAAACAAUCGUCAGCAAUCGUACAGGGGAGACAGGAAUGAAUUGAAUGAUGUUGAAGAAGUUACAACUAAAAGAUCAACAAAAAGAACUACGACAACUACCAGAAAACCCACAACUUCAACUAGAGUAACUACUACGACGACAAUUCCUAUUCAAAAGAGUACACAACUCCCACUGAGAACACCUUCAAGGGGACGAGGGUCAGUACAAUACUCUGGUGCUGGGGACCAAAUAACUAAUAAUGAAGUAAUCGUGACUAACAAUAGGGGUACACCACCAACCCGAUCCAGACCAACUCUGAAACCAUCAACAUCAAUUGUUUCAAAGGCUCAAGAAUAUGUUGACAUCUAUAAAUACCCUCCAAGAAGACCUGAUCCUAUUUAUCCUCAACCUCAGGUCGACAAAACCGCAGCUAAAUGUAGAAAAGAUGUUUGUUUACUUCCCGAUUGUAGCUGUGGAGGAAAAGAUAUUCCUGGUGACCUUCCUGUGGAGCAAGUCCCUCAAAUAAUAUUAAUGACUUUUGAUGAUUCCGUCAAUGAUUUAAAUAAGGGACUAUACCAGGAUUUAUUCGAAAAAGGCAGAACCAACCCUAACGGAUGUCCCAUAGCUGCCACUUUCUACGUAUCCCAUGAGUGGACUGAUUACAGUCAAGUACAGAAUUUAUACGCAGAUGGUCACGAACUUGCUUCUCAUACCGUAUCGCAUAGUUUUGGCGAACAAUUUUCUCAAAAGAAAUGGACAAGAGAAGUAGCUGGGCAAAGAGAAAUUCUUGCGGCUUAUGGUGGCGUUCAUUUAGAAGAUGUCAGAGGAAUGAGAGCACCAUUUUUGUCGGUUGGUGGUAACAAAAUGUUCAAGAUGUUGUACGAUUCAAACUUCACCUAUGAUUCCUCUAUGCCCAUUUACGAGAAUAAACCACCAAGUUUUCCUUAUACAUUAGAUUACAAACUUUUCCAUGAUUGUAUGAUUCCUCCAUGUCCUACGAGAUCUUAUCCUGGAGUGUGGGAAGUACCUAUGGUAAUGUGGCAAGAUUUGAAUGGAGGUAGAUGCUCCAUGGGAGAUGCUUGCAGUAAUCCGCCAGAUGCUGACGGGGUAUUCAAAAUGUUGAUGAAGAAUUUCAUGAGGCAUUAUACUACUAACAGAGCUCCGUUUGGUUUGUUUUACCAUGCUGCGUGGUUCACACAACCUCAUCAUAAAGAAGGUUUUAUUAAUUUUGUCGACACAGUUUUAGCAAAGAACGAUGUUUGGUUCUUAACAAAUUGGCAAGCUAUUCAGUGGGUUCGAGACCCCACUCCAAUCUCAAGACUUAAUUCAUUCCAACCAUUCCAGUGUAAUUAUGCUGAUCGUCCAAAGAGAUGCAACAACCCUAAAGUAUGCAAUUUGUGGCACAAAUCUGGUGUAAGAUACAUGAGAACUUGUCAACCUUGUCCAGAUAUUUAUCCAUGGACUGGAAACACUGGAAUUAGAAGUAGUAAAAUCGAUAAUGACAUUGGAGAUUAAAAUUAAAUCUACGUAGGACUUUGCCCUAUCUUUAGUUAAGUUUUGAGGUCGUCAUUAAACAUUUUUUAUGAAAAGAAUAAUGUAUUAAAUGGAUUAAAUGGAAUGCGACAUCGUUAUGUUAACAACGACUCUGGGGUAUAGUCACAUUCUAAACAUAUCGAUGUUACCUGCCAUGUAAAAAUAUUUAGUAUAAUUCCCUUAAAAGUUAUCGGUAUCACGAUACAGAAAUUGUUUAAUGUUUUAAACAAAAAAAUUGUUUUAAAUUUUCUUCAGGUAGGAGUAAAAUAUUAAAUAAUUUCAAUGAUGUUUCAUUUAUUUUUAUUUUGAAAAUUUGGCAGAAAAAAAUAUUUAUAUAGCAUAAUAUUCAAUGAAAAUUAUUUAUAGUUGAGAAAUAUACACUCUUAAUAUUGUGAUACAAUGUACUAAUUAACUAUGAAGAAUUCGUCUAAUUUCGUUGCCAAGUUUUUUUAUUGUACUUUUAAAUCCCAGAUAUUUAUUUUUCUAUAAGUUCAUGCCAUUUGUUUGGCUUUUUAACCUCAAUUCUACUUUUGAAAUUUAGUAUAGUUUAAAACAGCGCAAAGACAGCGGUACUCAAUUUUUUAUAUUGAAGUAUUUUCUUUAUAAUAUGAAAAAAUCUCAUGAACUCUUCAUCACCGUAUAUUCUCUUUAAACAACAAGUUUUAUUUUCAUGCCUCAUAAGUAUACACCAACAAUUGAUUUUUUGAAUUAGAACGAACAUAAGGGAAUACAAAUUUUGGCAUUGUGUAUUCACCAUACAUUUUCCUUGUAUUUUGAAAUUUACAUCAAUAUCCUGGAAAAUGGUGCUGUCAUGAAUUGACGUUUUACUAAUGUUAAGACUCUCCACAUUCAAGCGGGUAAACCAGUUUGCAUAUUUUCCGAGCGCUCGCGUUUUGUUAAACACUUGUCGAUUAUUGGCCAUCGUCAAAGACAUUUAGAACAACAAAAGCUGUUUAAAUACAACAUUCGCAAGCAAGUAGUUGCAGUUAUUUUCCUUCUACUCUCUAUUACAGUCUUAUCAUACUAGCGGUUUGCGAGCGGCUGCAGGGAGGAGCGGGCGCGCAACGAAUGUGUAGCGAGCACGCCGCGGCUGCACCGCGAGGACGUCGCAGACGCGUGGCAGAAAUGCAAAGUUGGCGUUUGUACGCCACAGUGCAAACUGGCGACCACGCUACUGUUCGUAGCGAUCUCGUUGCGGGUCCGCAACGAAUUCGCUGCGCGGAACACUGCGAAUGUGGAGCCAAGAAAAGUUCACGCACGCGAAUCACGAUUGAAUAUGGAAUACCUAUCACGAAUUAUGUUUACCAACGUGUUUAUGUCAUAAAUAAGCGCCCUAUUUGAAAUAGUUAUCAUGGCGUGAGCGUUUAUCUACAAAAAUCAUUAUAAAUAACGAGAAACUUGGAAUAAAAUGUAUUAUCAAAAGAAUGAAGGUGUUACCUGUUACAACAAAAAGAUAUCAUUUUUGAAAGACAGUGUUUGACUCUUCUAGCGAUUGUGAUGAUGAGAUGUUGCUUGUUUGUUGUGGAAAUAACGAAAAUAAAAUCCAUAAUAGUUAGAUAUAGUCAGAAAUUUGAGCACAACCAAAGUCAUUUAUUGAUAUUGGAUGUGCAAAAUUCGAAAUACGUCCCAAUAUAUUCAUGAAGCUCAUGAAAUGUUUCAUUAUUAGAAAAAAAAACUUUUCAACCAAAUAUGACGACCUUUUGUAAGCAUAUGAAAUUCGUAUGACGUUAAAUACUCAAUUCUUGACAAUCAAAAAUACUCAAAUACUUAGACCUUUUAAUAUAUAUAUUCAUAAUUGAAUUUUCUUGAUUUUUGGUCUAUUAGCGAAAAAAUGUUUAAUAUAAAGAUAUUUUUUCCAAUUUAUAUCAUGAAAAUGAUAAUAUAGGAAUAUCGAACAAACUCUAAUGUAUUCUAUGUAUGAGAAUAAAAACAUCACACAAUUUCCCCCCUCUGGGUUAAUCAUUAUCACAUAUCUAUGAUAAUUUGGAUAAAUUACAUUAAAAGCUUCACAGAUUUCAAAGCCGGAAUCUCAUUAACAUCAAUAUUUGCAAAUAUAUCAGAAAUCAAGAAUAUUAAUAUAUAUAUAUGGGAGAAAUGGAAAAUCUGGAUGUUGUUCAGGUGUCAAGAUAUAAUUUAACCUUCAUACCUAAUCAACAUCUAUUUUAUAUGUAAAUCUAGUUGUAAAUAAAUAGUAAGUAAUAAUUUUAUUUCGAAUCAUGACACGAUUAAUAAGAAAUUCACACUUAAAAAUAAUGUACGAGUAUGUCAAGUAACUUUAAUUUAUUGUGUCUUGAAUAUCAAAUAGCAGUGGUUGGUGAAUAUCAACAAAAUUAAAAGAAAAUUAUAUAUUUG